UGAAGGCCGUGCAGGCAGCAGGCAGGGAAGCUGUUAGAGCCUCCUCCAAUGGGCGUGGGGCUGUUGUGUUGCCUCACGACCCUUUCCCAUGAUCCUGCGAGAAUAACCGGCAGUCCUGCCCCCGUUAUGGCGCCGCUGGUAGCGAUGAAACCGGGCUCUCGGGGCAGGAAAGCAUGGACGAUGCUAUUGCUAUUGCUGGCGCUGGCGCUGGACCGAGCUGGGGCCCAGGACAGUGUCAUAGAGGAGAUUGUAACAGAGAAACAGGUGGAAGCCAGUCACCGACAGGACAGUGCCAACCUUCUAGUCUUCAUCUUGUUGCUCACCCUCACCAUUCUCACCAUUUGGCUUUUCAAGCACAGACGAUUCCGUUUUUUGCAUGAGACUGGCUUGGCAAUGAUAUACGGUCUGAUUGCUGGUGUGGUUUUACGGUAUGGAAUUCAUGUUCCUAGCGAUGUGAACAAUGUGACUAUGAGCUGUGAGCUUCAGACAAGCCCAGCUACCCUGCUGGUGAAUGUGAGCGGCAAGUUCUAUGAGUAUAUGCUGAAGGGGGAAAUUAGUUCUAAGGCACUCAAUAAUGUUCAGGAUAAUGAUAUGCUCAGAAAGGUUACUUUUGAUACAGAAGUCUUUUUCAAUAUCCUACUUCCACCAAUCAUCUUUUAUGCAGGAUAUAGUUUAAAAAGGAGGCAUUUCUUCAGGAAUAUGGGCUCAAUCCUUGCGUAUGCCUUUCUUGGAACAGCAAUUUCCUGUUUAGUAAUAGGGGCUCUUUUGUAUGGCUGUGUAAAGCUAAUGAAAGUGACUGGAACCCUUGAUGGGGAUUUUUACUUUACUGACUGCCUGUUUUUUGGUGCCAUUAUUUCCGCAACUGAUCCAGUCACAGUCCUUGCCAUAUUCCAUGAGCUCCAUGUGGAUGUAGAACUGUAUGCACUUCUUUUUGGAGAAAGUGUUUUGAACGAUGCUGUUGCAAUAGUGUUGUCAUCUUCAAUUGUAGCAUAUCAGCCAGCAGGAGACAACAGUCACACGUUCGAUAUCACUGCCAUGUUUAAGUGUAUUGGGAUGUUCCUUGGGAUAUUCAGUGGAUCAUUUGCAAUGGGUGCAGCAACUGGAGUUGUAACUUCACUGGUAACAAAGUUCACUAAACUUCGAGAGUUUCCACUGCUGGAGACUGGAUUGUUCUUCUUGAUGUCCUGGAGCACAUUUCUACUUGCAGAAGCAUGUGGAUACACAGGAGUGGUUGCAGUACUGUUUUGUGGAAUAACGCAGGCACAUUACACCUAUAACAACCUGUCCACAGAAUCUCAGCAUAGGACAAAGCAGUUGUUUGAGCUGUUAAACUUUUUAGCGGAAAAUUUCAUCUUUUCCUAUAUGGGCCUGGCUUUAUUCACCUUCCAGAACCACGUCUUCAAUCCAACGUUUAUAGUGGGAGCUUUUCUAGCAGUUUUCCUUGGAAGAGCAGCUAAUAUUUAUCCUCUCUCUUUCUUGCUGAAUCUCGGUCGAAAAAACAAGAUCGGAUCAAAUUUCCAACACAUGAUGAUGUUUGCAGGUCUGCGUGGGGCAAUGGCAUUUGCUUUGGCAAUUCGAGACACCGCCACUUAUGCACGGCAAAUGAUGUUUAGCACAACCCUUCUGAUUGUAUUUUUCACAGUGUGGGUUUUUGGUGGUGGCACCACAGCAAUGUUAUCCUGCAUGCAUAUCAGAGUGGGUGUGGAUUCUGAAAUUGACCAGAUGGCGAUUCCAGAGAAUGAACGCAGGAGUACAAAAGCUGAGAGUGCAUGGAUAUUUAGACUGUGGUAUAACUUUGAUCACAACUAUCUAAAACCUCUCCUGACGCACAGUGGCCCACCUCUCACAGCAACACUUCCCAGCUGCUGUGGACCUCUUGCAAGAUGCCUGACAAGCCCUCAGGCUUAUGAGAACCAGGAACAGCUAAAAGAUGAUGAUUCUGAUCUUAUCUUGAAUGAUGGGGACAUCAGUUUAACAUACGGGGAUUCAACAAUCAGUACAGAAGACACUAACUCUUUGCGAAGGGGCACAGGGAACUGUGCAGAGGACGCACUUGAUCGGGACCUUACAUGUGGAGAACAUGAACUUGUACUUAGAGGAACGCGCCUUGUCAUGGAAGAAUCCGAGCCCCCUGUGAAUCUGCAAGUUACAAGGAGGCAGAGUCCUAAGUAGUUUUUUUUGGGUGGGGGUGGCCAGGUUUUCAACCCCUUGUUUUCCUCAGCGGUGUCGAAGAUAACGUUCAUACAUUACAUGUAUUUAAAUAAUGUCGACCUCUUGUACUACCUAACGCAUGGCUCUGGUUGUUUGACCGCUAUUUAUAUGGCAAAGGAAGAACCCAUUCAUUUUUUCUGUCAUUUGUGGUGAACACUUCCUCCCACCCCAGUCCCCUCUCAGUCUUGGAACAACAGCAUUUGAACAGACAACUUGUGUCAUUGUUUUAUUAUUUUGAAGACUACUUGCUUGCACUUUAACAACUCCAUUGUAUAAAAUAUUUGCACACAAGUGUGGCCUAUAAUUAUCACACUGCCAAAAAGAAGAGAAUAACAUUUUUUUGCCUAAAACAAUUGUUGUAGCCUUGGGAUUGUUACUGUAUAUCAGCUAGCUGUUUUUUUUAGGCUAAUUAAAAUGCUAAGGCCUUUUAUUGUCCUGAAGUGCUACUUUGUAUUUUGAGCUUUGUUUAUAUUUUUUUUUCUAGCAGACUUUUGUGCAGUAAUGGAGAGAAUUCAGGCAAACCAGUCUGGUGACUAUGUGACCUGUCCUGUAGUAUAUCAAGUUUAGUUUGUUAAAGGCAGCAGAUGGGGUAUGUUUUUACUGUUUCCAGCUGACAAUGCAUUUAAAAAAAGGAACCUUGCAUGCCAAAGGUUAUCAUAAAAUACAAGUAAAUGCAUGCCCUCAGAAGUGUUGCAGUAAGAAGCAGGGGAUUGUGACAUUUUUGGUUUUAAACCUCUAGGAAACGGAAAUAUUCUUUUUUUUCACCAGUGUAAAGUGUGCCUAACUUUAUAUGCAGUUUGUGCACUUAUCAGUACUUUUUUUUAAUGUGUAUUCAGUAAUGAGUUGCCAAACGCCUGUCUAACAUUUACUGAAACCUUGAUUAGAAAAUCAGUGUUCCUCAUUGGCUUUGCUUUGUUGGUUAAAGGGGAACUAUACCCUUAUCACCUUGUUUAUUCAUUUUUCUAGGUAAUACAUCAUAUUUUUGAGGAUGUGGGAAAAAUGUUGCAUUAACUUAAAAAGGAGAAAACGCUAUAUAGUGACAACUUGCUUUAAAUGUUGUGAUCUCUCAUUCUGAUUGUCCGUGUAGUCUCAGCAAACAAAGACUUCACCAGGUACUAUUUUAUUGACGUAUGUCACAUGGUGUAGCUAAAUUAAUGAAGGUAAAAUACACUUUGAAAUUAAGAUCAGGUCAUCAACAUCAUAAAAUGGUACUGUCAUGACAUGAAUAAUCAUUAUUGUUAUUCCCUAUUCAGUUGUGUACAAAACCUGGCGGAUGAGCUGACACCUAGUAACCCAUAAUUUCCACUGAAUUAUAUGUGACCUGAGCAAGUAGUGGCAUUUGAAUCUUUGUCACAGUUGGUGGCAGUCGGUACACCAUGUGGCAAUAAGCGUAUCAGUGGUAAAGCUCUCAAGGCAUUAAUACAUGUAAGCAAGCCUUUGUGAUAAAUGGCUAGUUUGAGUUUCAUAAGAAAAUGUAUUUCUUAAAACCACUACUAGUUUAUAUCUCCAUUCAGGCAAAACAGUUGACAAUAAUAUUUUUAGAAGCAAAUUAAUAUCACAAGUUUUUCUCAUUUAUUUUUCAUUUUGUUUUAUGCCUCUUUUUGCAUUUUCACAGUUGCAUGACCUAGAUUUAUUAGCAUAUUUCCACUUCUAUAAAUAAAUGGGAGCUGCCACAUUGCCUACAAACUGGAAUAUUCUUCAAAAGUAACAUCCAUGUGAUGACCAAAGAAUGCCCCUGCUAUGGCAUAGCAUAAAAAUGAAUGAUAAACAUUUAUAUAUACUUUUUAGCCAUUUUCUUUACCAACCCUAGGGUGUUUCAUUUCUGUGAGAUAUGCUGGCUUUUUAUUGUUAGCACUACUGCUGGCCUUUAUUUGUUAGCACUACUGCUAUCUUUUUGUAUUACUUAAUAAGGCUAUUAUAAUAAGAUGUCUCUAUUAUUUUAGCUGUAAAUGUGAUUGUAGGUCACUUUAUUUUGUUGUUCUCUGGGGUUGGCUUAACAAUAAUGAUAAUGUUUUGUAUAUGGCAGAGUUUCUGCAAAUUGAAUCCCUCCCUUUUUUAAAUGUAAGCACUUUUAUGUGUAGUGCCUAAACAAUUAGUACAUAGAUUAGUAAACAGUAUCAACAUUUACAGAACAUAACUGUUCAGAGUCCCUAAUAAUUUGCAAAAACAUCUUGUGAGAAAAGGACUACAUGUGAUGUUUUGUGUUGUAGUAAAAUCCACAAGUUACAGGUAUGGGAUCCCUUAUCUGGAAACCCAUUAUCCAGAAAGUUCCGAAUUACAGAAAGGCCAUCUCCCUUAGACUCCAUUGUAAGCAUUAUAAAAAUGAUUUCCUUUUUCUCUGUAAUAAUAAAACUGUACCAUGUACUUGAUCCAAACUAAGGUAUAAUUAGUCCUUAUUGGAGGCAAAACAAUCCUAUUGGGUUUAUUCAAUAUGUAAAUAAUUUUUAGCAGACUUAAGGUAUGGGGAUCCAAAUUACAGAAAUAUCUCUUAUCCAGAAAACCCCAGGUCCCAAGCAUUCUGGAUAACAGGUCCCAUACCUGUAGUGAAAAUCCAAGGUAAUGGUGAUCAAAAUACCCUGUGUUCCCAGCCAGUAGGUAUGCAACUUGUAUGCAAACCCCCCCCGUGGCAUAACCCUAGCAUAGUAGAUAGACACUUAUAUAUGAUUUGUAGCAUCAUAGUUCAGGCUCCAAUAUGAUGGGACUCAUUUUUCCUUGAUACUUAAUAUACUUAAAUACUGGUGUUUCUUAGGGGAUGCCCAGUCAGGCAGAUAAUGAAUCCUUAACUAAACAUUUGUUCGUAUACAGAGCAGUGGCCAGGUAGGUUGUGAGGAAACUAGCCAACAGCAUUGCUCAGUGUGUUGUGUCUUUGGUUAAAUUUUGAAUUUAGAAUUUGCCUGUUUUCAUAAAUUCAGUAUCUUAUAUGUUUACUUCUUGGCAUUGAUAAUAUUGUCUUUUUACAUUUUAAUCAUGGAGGAAGCAGUUAGCAUUGUGCACACAGCACAUUUAAUAAAAUAUACUAAGCAGUUAGGAAUAGUGAUACUACGGGCAAGUAAAGUGAAAUUCACUGGGUUUGCCAAUGUGUUAAGCACCCCCAGUGAAUAUAAUUGCUAACCUUAAAAUGGCCCAGCAUAUUAUCUCUGCCAUUCAGUUUCACCAAUGAGCCAGUAAUCCUUUUAGGUGUCCUGGGCACCACACAUGCGCAGUCGAUUACAGAUUAGGACUUUAAAGUCGCAAAUUUUACUCUAUGCUAUUGGGUAAAAUGGCAGAAGUGGUUAGUAAUUAUACACACAACUUGUAAGCUAACACCCCAGUGCCACAGGCCUAAGAUAGUAGAUUGACACUAACUGUUUUUUUACUGCAUCACAUUUGAGGCUCCAGUAUGAAGGUACUAUUUUAUUCCAGUGCUUAAUAAACUGAACAAUAAAAAGGGCUGGGUUUGUAAUUGUGGGAACUAGCACAUAUGGGUAUAGCCAUUCACUCACCAAUUUAGCUUGAUAUUCUCGCAUUCUUAACUGUGAAGGUAGUUUAUUGGCAAUUAUUCUAUUCUGGUAGUUAACAGUAGAAGCACUAAUAAUAAUGGCACACAUAGACUUUUGUUGGCCAUGGGAGAAAGUCUCACCCACGGGUGGCAAAGUGUCCCAAGUACUUUUAGAAGCAAAAUAAUGAGAUUUGCUGCAUGUAAAGCACCUCACCUGCAGCAGAAGUAGGAUUGCUGAAUUAAAGGUAUUUUUGACACUUUGUCAAGCAGUUUGGUUACUACGAACUCCCAGUUUAUAAUGUUACUUGAUAUUUCACACUGUGUCUUAUAGCCCAUUCACCUCAUUACCCUUGUGACUCCACUGGCAUACUCUUGAUGUAUUAUGUGAUCUCCAUCCUAAAUUUUUGAAGGAAUAAAGCACUAACGAACAAUCAUAAUCUGCAAAUCUUUCUUAUUUACACGACCUUCAAAGCUCUCCAAUCAAGUUGAAAUAAGGGGAGAUGUCUUGUUCUUGGUGAAAGCAUCACAACAGAAAUAAAUGGGGUUAUGUAGUAACAUGGUCUACUGUAGUGGUUGCCAGGCUGUUUGGGGGAGGGAUGGGGCAGGGGGCUCAGCUUGAAGGCCAGUUAGGGUAGGAAUGACCAUGUGCUUCAAGCCCAGCUUGAAGGUCAGUUAGUAUGAGAUAUUGGGUGAAAGUGUUUGUGCUGACCUAGAUAUUCUUGGAUCUAUGACUGAUUCAUGCAGCAAUUUCAUAAACAAAGGGCCGGAUGCUUGAACAAAGGUUGGAUUUUCAAGUGGGGCAGAAAUGGAGAAAUCUGAAAACUGGCACCCCUCACCAUAUGAUUUUACCUUUCCUGCUCCUUUAAACAUUCUCUGAUGGGCAUGUUUCCAAUAAAAUCACAUUUCUGGGUGUGUUUCAGUGGGAUCCAAUCGCCUUCUGCCUUUAGUUUUGGGCUACCUUCAAAUAGCUUCAAAUGGUUUGGCUGCUGUUUGUACAUGUGACCAUACAAUUAAACCAAGUUCAUACAUUUAAGUCUACUUUGAGAAUGACUUCCAUCUGUGAUGCAACUGAUCAUCUUAUUCUCCUGUCUGUCUUUUUCCUACUAUGCAGGAAUUCCAUAAACACAGUGUUUUUAUUACCAUAAAUUAAAUCAUUGUAACCCUUUGUGCUGUGUAGGCCCACCAAAAGUGAAAUUAAUUUGUGUGCAAAUAUUGUUGUUUUUGUUAUAUGUUGUAUAUUUCUGACUUGGUUUACAAAAUCAUUUGCUUUUUAAUUUGUAACAAAUUUUGAGACUGUUUACAUUUUGUCUUUGGUGUAUUGUGUAAAGUGACUUUGUUAAAGUGAGCUAUUACAUUAAUUGGCAUU